AUGGCUAUCACACGAUACAAUCAGCACCCUGAUAUUUUUCUCACCAUGACUGCAAAUCCCAAUUGGCCGAAAAUUACUUCAGCUUUGUUGCCUCUUCAAAAACCUACAGAUCGUCCUGAUUUAGUUGCCCGUAUUUUUGAGUUAAAAAGAAAGGCUUUGAUGAAAGAGAUUGAAACAAACAAAGUGUUUGGUAAAAAAGUGGCACAUGUUUAUACAAUUGAAUUUCAAAAACAAGGUCUACCACAUAUGCACGCACUUCUUUUCCUAGAAGGACCAUGUAAGAUUCGAACAUGCGCUCAAGUAGACAACUUAAUCUGUUCCGAGUUCCCAGAUCCAAAUGAUGAACCAGCGCUUUUCGAAACUGUCAAAAGUUGUAUGGUGCAUGGACCAUGCGGUGCUCGAAAUCCGAAUGCAUCCUGUAUGGAAAAUGGAAAGUGUACUAGAAGAUAUCCUCGAGGAUUUGCAGAAUCAACUACCAUGGACCAAGAUGGAUAUCCCAUCUAUCGUCGUCGUAGUGAUGACAAAGUAUAUGUUGUUCGAGGGCACGAAGUUGAUAAUAGGGACGUUGUACCUUACAAUCCUUAUCUUUCUAAAUGGUUCAACUGUCAUAUUAAUGUAGAGGUAUGUGCAGGUAUGCGAUGUGUCAAAUAUAUUCAUAAGUACAUUUAUAAGGGUUACGACCGCACAACCAUGGUGUUGGGAUCUGCAAAUGAAAUUCAACAAUAUCUUGAUGCGAGGUAUAUUGGUCCGCCAGAAGCUGCUUGGUCAAUAUUUGGUCAGCAUAUGCAUGAAGAACUGCCAACAGUUACACGAUUGACAAUCCACUUACCCGGCAUGCAUCAGUUUGUUUUCAAUCCUGCGGAUUCACCAGAGACUAUUAGAAAUAGGGCUGCGCAAGAAGUGUCAACCCUAACUAGGUUUUUCUCAUGGUAUGCUUCAAAUAAAGAUGCUGAGAAGUACACAUACCAAGAAUUCCCGCAAUAUUUUGUUUGGAAAUCCAAUCAAUAUUGGACACCAAGAGUAAUGGGGUAUGCAAUAGGUAGAAUGUACUUUGCUAGCCCUAAUUGUGGUGAAUUGUUUUACCUGCGUUUGCUAUUAACUGUUGUCAAAGGGCCUGAUUCGUAUGAAAUCUUACGCAUGAUUAACAAUGUAUUGUACAGUUCCUUUAAAUUAGCAUGUGUUGCACGGGGGCUUUUGGAAGAUGAUGAGGAAUGGAUACAAUGUCUUCAAGAGGCUUUAGUCAUGAAGACUGGAUACCAACUCAGGAGAUUAUUUGGUGUUAUUCUUACACAAUGCUCUCCCCUACAUCCAUGUGCACUAUGGAAGCAAUUCUGUAUCCAUAAAUGCGAUGAUCUUGCGCAUAAGAUUCGUACAUUAUUUUCCAUUGCCAACCCAACCGAGGCUCAAGUCGAAGAUUAUGGUUUGUAUCUUUUGGACGAAUUGCUCCAAGAAUUAGGUAAAAACUUACUUGACUUCCCGCCUAUGCCUAUACCAAUUGGAAAUUGGAGUGUAGUAUUCGGUAACCGAUUGAUUUCAGAACAUCGACAACUGCAGAUUGAGGCACAAGAGGUAGGUAUACAAACUAAUAUUGAGCUACUAAACAAUGGACAACGUGCUGCUUAUGAUGCUAUCAUUUCUUCUAUCUUCGAAAAUAAAGGAACUACCUUCUUUCUGAAUGGCGGAGCUGGAACAGGGAAAACAUUUCUCUACAAUACUAUUACAUUGAAAUGUCGUCGCUUGGGCCAUAUCGUUGUAACCGUUGCUUCAUCUGGUAUUGCAUCAUUGUUAUUGUUAGGAGGUCGCACUGCUCAUUCGACUUUUCGCAUUCCAUUGGAUGUGUUGGAAAAUUCUGUCUGUGGGUUUAGCAAGAAUUCUUUACAAGCAAAAUUGUUUAGGGAAACAAAACUCAUAAUAUGGGACGAAGUUGCUAUGCAACAUAAAUAUUGUGUUGAAGCAGUUGACCGUAGCCUUAGGGACAUAUGCGAUAAUGAAAAGCCAUUUGGGGGUAUCACUGUAGUUCUUGGUGGAGAUUUUCGUCAAGUUUUACCAGUGGUACCUAAAGGAGUGCGUGAACAAAUUGUUAAUGCGUCAUUGAGAAGAUCUGAAUUAUGGAACGAUAUACAUGUUUUGACAUUGGAUUUGAAUGUGCGCUUGAAUCCGAUGGAUCCUGAAAAUGUUACUUUUGCUAGAUUUUUGAUGGAGGUUGGAACUAAUCCACAAGAAAUUGUGCAUCUUCCACCCACAAUACGCAAAUGCCAAGACCUAACAGAACUAUUGUCUACAGUGUACCCACAACUGGAAAUUCAAACCACAUCAGCCCCAACCUAUCUGACAGAACGAUCAAUUCUUUCUGCUCGAAAUGAGGAUGUCAAUGCCAUUAAUGCAGCCGCAUUAAAUGUGUUUCCAGGAGAUGCAUUCACUUACUUAGCUGCAGAUAAGAUAUCCGAAGAUGAUGAACUUGAUCGUUCCAUUACGAAUCGCUAUCCAAAUGAGUAUUUAAACUCAUUGGAUCCUUCUGGACUUCCGUCUUUUCGGGUAGAGUUGAAAGUGGGUUGUCCUAUAAUGAAACUUGGAGUUUAUACCCAGAAUUUCCUUAACACCAUCGUCAUCUGA